AGUUGAGUGAGUCCAGUCUCAUCAUCCAAGUGUGAAGAGAGGAGAGUCAGAGGGAAGGCGAAGUUACUACAAAUCCUUUCCUCUGGAUAAUAAACUGAUUUUUUUUCAGAACGUGACAGUGUGUGAGAGUGUGUGUGUGUAUGUGUGUGUGAAACAUGGCUGCUCUUUCAGCCUGGUUCUGGAACGAAAGGUUUUGGCUUCCCCACAACGUCACCUGGGCGGAUCUGGCGGACCCAGCGCCCGGGGUGGAGUAUCCUAAAGUUGGACACUUGCUUACUGCCCUGCCGCUGGCCCUGGGAAUCUUCACCGUCAGGAUAAUCUUCGAGAGAUUUAUUGCUGGUCCCUGUGCACGGAGUCUCCACCUUCAGCCAGGUGUUGCAAGAAGAGCUCAGCCCAAUGCAGUGCUGGAGAAAGUUUACUCGUCGAUCACAAAGAGUCCAGACUCCCGGCAUCUGGAUGGCCUGUCCAAACAGCUGGACUGGGAGGUGCGGAAGGUUCAGCGUUGGUUCAGACACCGCAGGAACCAAGAUAAACCCAGCACGCACACUAAGUUCUGUGAAAGCAUGUGGAGGUUUACAUUUUAUUUGUGCAUAUUUAUCUAUGGUUUCCGGUUUCUGUGCCAGUCUACUUGGCUGUGGGAUACAAGGCAGUGCUGGUACGGUUACCCCUAUCAGGUCAUGACCCCGGGCCUUUACCACUACUAUGUGACAGAGCUGGCCUUCUACUGGUCACUCAUGUUCUCCCAGUUCACUGACAUAAAGAGGAAGGACUUUCUGAUCAUGUUCAUCCAUCACCUGGCUACAGUCGGCCUGAUCAGCUUUUCCUAUGUCAACAACAUGGCACGAGUUGGGAGCCUGGUGAUGUGUGUCCACGACGCCUCCGACUUCCUCCUGGAGGCAGCUAAGCUGGCCAACUACACCAAAUACCAGCGCCUGUGUGACUUCCUCUUCAUUGUGUUUAGUGUGGUCUUCUUCAUCACACGACUUGUUAUAUUUCCUAUAUGGGUCCUUAACUCCACUAUGUUUGAGAGCUGGGCUAUAGUCGGGCCGUUCCCGUCCUGGUGGGUCUUCAAUGUCUUACUGCUGGUCCUUCAAGUGCUGCACAUCAUCUGGUCCUACCUCAUAGCCGGUAUAGCCAUCAAAGCCAUACUGCGCGGCAAGACGCUGUUUGUUUCCUCUCCCUCUGGAAUGAGAGAGGGAGAUCCUGUCCUUCUGUCUAUCUUUGUCCACUGAUCUCUUCUCCACUAUUUCGCUUUCGCUUCUUUCCGUUUGUCCCUCUCAGCUUGAGAACUUUACCUUCUGUGUCUGUAAGUUUCUGCUCUAUUGCGGUUCCUCUCACACAUCUUGUGUAAUCUGUUCUUAUCGGUUUCUAUUCAGGACUUAAGACUACUUGCAACAUUGUGAGCAUUGUAAAAAAAAAGUAGGAAGACAGUUGUAAAUAAUAAAACAGUGUCACAAAUGUCAGGUUUGUCCAAAUGUUUCUCAUUAGUCAGGAGUGGGCUGAAAUUGUCACCACAGCACCACCGUGUGGGAGAGAGAAAAAUUUGAGAAUGACACUAACACUGAAUAAAAUAAUUUUAAAACUUUAAAUCAUUUGGGCAAUAUUCUAACCAAAUGGCUACAAAUGGGGCAACAAAGAAAAUAACACAGCAACCGUCACCAAUUUUUCUUCAUUAAAUUCUGGUGAUCUACAGAGUUUUCUUUGCAAUUAAAAUAAAUAAUCUGUCCUCUCAUGGAAGGAAAAACAAGAGACCCUGGAGACUGACGAGCGCUUGCUUGAUUAUCAAGGUGUGAAGUGUUCACAGAGCAGCAGAGCAUGUAUAAAUUAGCUUUCUCUCUACAGUGCUGAUAUUGUUCAUUGUGAAUAUAUGCCAUAAUAACUAUGGAGACUGCAUUUCAGACGGCCUUUUUUUAAAAAAAAUAAAAAACAACAAAAACUGAAUAAGAUGUGGAUUGGAGAUUAAAGGUAAUGCUUAUGUUUUUUGUUAUUAAAUCUGUUUUUAUAAAAUAACAAAAAACAGUAAUACACUAUUUUGCUGAACAUACAGGUUAACUUGUCCUUUCAUGUCGUAAAGGAGCGAUGUCAAAAAUCACAGCAUUAUUUGGCAGAAAAUUAAUUGUUUUUUUAUUCAUCUUGUGUAAGUUAUUACUUGCAUGUAAAUAAAGAAAAGGGAAACUUAAUUAUAUCCUUGUCUUCCAUU